UUCAGGUAUACCAAGGCUUGGAUAUUAUCACAAAUAAAGUGACCUCUGAGGAGCAGCAACUCUGCAAACAUCACAUGAUUAGCUUUGUGGAUCCUCUUGUCACCAAUUUUACAGUUGUCGAUUUCCGGAAUAAAGCUAUUGCUCUGAUUGAAGAUAUAUUUUCCAGAGACAAAAUCCCAAUUGUUGUGGGAGGAACAAACUAUUACAUAGAGUCGCUCCUGUGGAAAGUCUUAGUUGAUGUGGGAUCCCCAUCUGCAGUAAAAAAAAGUGAUGAAGGUGAUGCAUUUCAGAUUGUAACUGACAGGAAGUUAGAACUGAUGAAACUAGAUGGCUAUGAGCUCCACGCACAACUAAAGGAGGUGGACCCAGAGAUGGCAGCAAAACUGCAUCCAAAUGAUAAAAGGAAACUUGCAAGGAGCCUGCAGGUGUUUGAGGAGUCUGGCUUUCCCCAUACCGAACACCUUAGACGACAGCAGGAAGAUGAUGGAGGUGGUCCCCUAGGAGGGGCCUUAAGGUAUCCAAACCCUUGCAUCUUUUGGCUACAUUCAGAUCAGGAAGUACUUAAUACCAGGCUGAGUGCCAGGGUUGAUGAGAUGUUGCAGAUGGGACUGAUAAAGGAACUACAAGACUUUCACGAGCGCUACAAUGCAAAGCUUGUUGCACAAUCUGGUCAAGAUUACCAACAUGGUAUUUUCCAGUCAAUUGGGUUCAAGGAAUUCCAUGAAUAUCUGGUGACUAUGGAUAACAGUAACCCAAAACAGAAAGAGGUUCUUCUACAGAGAGGAAUAGAAUCACUGAAGCAGAGAACUCAAAAAUAUGCCAAGAAACAGAUCAAAUGGGUGAAGAACAGAUUUUUGAAAAGACCUGGACCUAAUGUGCCCAGUGUGUAUGGAUUGGAUGUGACUGACAUAUCUUCUUGGGAUGAAAAUGUUCUAUCGCCUGCAAUACAGAUUGUGGGCAAUUUUUUACAGGGUCUUCUCCCUAGCAUCGAACCUAUGAAAAAUUGCCUCUGACAACAGUGACAAUAAAAGAAGUAGUAGACUCUGUGAUCUGUGUAAUCGGAUCAUUAUUGGUGAUCAGGAGUGGGCAGCACACACAAAAUCUAAGUCACAUCAACAUGCAAAAAAGAGAAGGAAACUGGAACCAGAUGAGAAAGCUAUAGAUAAGAGGAAGUUGGAGUGUAGCCCUGAUACAGAGCAACUCCAACAUGGGUCAUCAGAUGGGACUUUCCAUUCUGCCUCAGACUGUGUGUAUAACAAACCAGAAAAGAGACUAUGUGAACACAAGGAUACAAACUCUCAUCCUUCAGCAAUAAGUACCAUUAAAUACUCAUGA